GCAGAAUCUUGGGAAACAUGAUUUGUUUUUGUGCACAAAGAAGAACCUAAGAGAGAUCUGGGCCCAGGGACAUGGGUGUCUGGACUUCUGGCACCAACACCCUCCUACAUCUCUGGGAGAUCUACGUCCUUCCGAGAAGCCCAGGGUGGGCUGGCUUUAUCCAGCAUGUGGGGGUCUGUGGCCUGAUGGCCCUUAUUUCAGCGAGCCUGCUCUCCGUGGCUUUCUACUGGUUCCUGCCCCUGAGCGCAGUGGUCCCCGCCUGUUGGGUGGUCACCUGGGCUCUGCUGUGCUGCUCCAAGCGUGCUCGGUGCUUCCUCCUCCUCCUCUUUCUCUCCUGUGGCCUGCGUGAGGGCAAGAAGGCUUUGAUUGCUGCCGGCACAGGCAUGGCCAUCUUUGGACACAUCGAGAACAUUUUCCACAACUUUAAAGGCCUCCUGGACAGCAUGACCUGCAACCUAAGGGCAAAGAGCUUCUCCAUACAUUUCCCACUUCUGAAAAACUACAUCGAAGCCAUUCGGUGGAUUUAUGGCCUCUCCACUCCGCCAAACCUAUUUGAUGACCUCAUUUCUUGGAAUCAGACCCUGGAGGUCUCUCUGUCCAGCUCCAGCCAUGCCGUGGAGGCGCAGCUAAAUGACACCAGGGGGGAGGUCCUGGGCGUCCUGCAGCACACGGUCACCAUGAUGGAGACGGUCUCCUCUCUCGGCCGGAAGCUUCUCACCUGCGCUGGGCUCUUGCUCCUCCUCCUCGGUACCGGGCUCUUCCUGAAGCGGGUUCUGGGCCCGCGAGGCUGGAAGUACGAAAACGUCUACAUCACCAGACACUUUGUCCAGUUUGAUGAGGAGCAGAGGCGCGGGCAGAGGCCCUGCGUGCUGCCCCUGAACAGGAAGGAGCGGAGCACCUAUGCUGUGGUGCCCUCUCUCCGGCUGACCCCCAGGGACAGAAGGGCCCUGGGGCUCUUCCUGCUCCCCGUCCUCGCCCACCUCUGCAUGUGGGUGCUGUUCGCAGCCGUGGACUGCCUGCUGUACUGGCUCCUCUGCUCAGUGGGUGGACAGCUGCGGAGCCUGCCAGGGCUGGAGGUCCACUUGCAGCUGCAUGGGGAGAAUCAAGGAACUCAAGACAUCAUCCACGAUUCCUCCUUUAAUAUAUCCAUAUUCGAACCCAGCUGUAUGCCCAGACCCAAGCUCCUCCUGGCUAAGACCUGGGCUCCUCUUGGUGUUAUCCUGGUGGUGUUGGUGCUGCUGGGCCUGUUAUCCUCCAUCCUGAUGCAACUCAAAAUCCUGGUGACCACGUCCUUCUAUCCCAGCGUGGAGAGGGAGCGCACCCGAUACCUGCAUGCAAAGCUGCUGAAGAGAAGAUCAAAACAGCCGCCAGAAGAAGCCAAAAGGAAGCAAAACAGAUACUUCACAGAGGUUCAUUUCUGGCUUCCGGCCCUGGAAGUGAUUAGGAGGAAACACAGGGACGUGGCACCUGAACACAGUCUGUGAGGGGUGAUGUCGUGGGGCCACCUUGUGCCACUGGCUGUGCCCCCGGACUGCUCGUCACAAAGCUAAGUGGAUGCCAGGUAAAUGCCUACGUGGUCUAUUUCCAAACAAAGUGCAGGAUUAGACCCUGUCACGUAUAACAGGACUCUAUCCAGCCACCUUCCUGAUGCCUCAGAGAGAGCACCACUCAAAGAAAAAACAAGACAAAGACAGUGGACAUCUCUACAGCAAUGUCACGGGCAAUGCCAAGGAGAACAUACGAGUAUAAAACCAGCAAAAAUCUUUUCAAUUUUUAUUAUGGCUCAUGGGUGUUCCCCAUCCUACCAGUGUCUUCCCCAAGUCCCUGAUUCAGAAAGUAUUCCUGAACCCACUUCCACACCUCCCAAUUUUUUUUCUUUUCUUUCUUUCUUUCUUUCUUUCUUUCUUUCUUUCUUUCUUUCUUUCUUUCUUCCUUCCUUCCUUCCUUCUUUUUUUCCUUCCUUCCUUCCUUCCUUCCUUCCUUCCUUCCUUCCUUUCUGUACCAGAGACUGAGCUCAUGACCUUGCGGUUGCCAUGCAGGUGCUCGAGCCCCUGAACUAAAUUCCCUGCCUCAUUUCCCAGUUUCUUCCCCCCACUGCUUCCUCUCCUGAACCCCACAUGCCUGUGGCUCUCUUGUUCUCUUCUAGCAAAUCCUCCAGCCUAAGAUUCAUGACUGAGUCACCUGGAGGCCACAUCUGUCAAGACAAUCUAAUGAUCUUGUUAUAAUGCACAUUCUAGACUUCUUUAUCUUUAACUAUCUCAAAAUAAUGGGGAGGGAGAAAAUCUCCUUGAAUACUGAUUCUAUUAUUUCUAGAGUACCAGGGUGGGGGAAAUUAUUUUUAUUUUAACAUUUUAAAACACUUUUCCUUUUGAAUAAUUUCAGACUGACCAAAAGUUGCAAAAACAGUAGAAUUCCAUUUGCCCUUCACCAUCAACCCAAAACAUUAACUUCUCCCAUGACCAUGGUGUAGUUCCCCUCCCCCCCUUUUUUUUGGUACCGGGGAUCAAACUCACGAUCUCAUACUUGCCAGGCAGACACUUACACCAGUGAGCUAAAUCCCCAGUCGCUUGGUAUAGUUCUUAAAACCACAAAAAUAACAUUGGAAAAUGCGUCACCUGUAGAAUUCACUCUGUUUUUGUCAUUUAGCCCACUCAUAGCUCUUCUGUGGUCCUUGGUUCACUUGUCUCCUUUCUUAGUCCCACAAACUGGGGACAGUUCCUCAGUCCUUUUCUUUCAUGACUUGACACCCCUGCAGGGUACUGGCUGGGUAUUAUGGGAAAUGGCACACUGUUGUUUCUUCUAAUUAAAAUCAGGAGAUGCAUUUUUGGUGCAAAUGCUUCAAAAGUGAUGAGAUUCCUUUUUUCAUGCACUGUGGAGGGUGGUGCAUGGUGUCGACAUGUGUCAUUCUGGGAAGUCAGUUUUGGUUAUUUGGGGAAGGUGCUACUGGCCGCCACAUUCCACCACUGUGAAUUGUUGUCUUUCUCUGUGUGAUAUUUAAGCAUCUCGUGGGGGAAGUUCUUUGAGUCUGUGCUCGUAACCAUGUCUCACAUUUUUUUCACCCUCUGAUUUUCACAUCCAUGAAUGUAAAAAUUACUACCAUCGUGACCAGGUGUGCUUUCUAUUUUCUUCCCCGUGUCUUCCUGGAGUUCUGCGAUGAGGAACUACACUGCCUUAGCACAUCCUUGGUAAAAAUGGCUCUCAGUUCGGAGGGACCUCAGAGGCUUCAUGGCCUUCCCAGAUGUUGGAGCUGAGGAACCACCAGGGCUUGUCCAUUGAACCUGUGCCCUUGGCCCUAGAGAUGGGCCGAGCAUGUGGCCUCUGCAUGUUGGGUCCUGGAUUUUUUAUUUGUUCACUGUAAGCUCCUGCCCAUCUGCUCAGAAGCCUGCCCAUAGCACCAUGUUUUUACCCAUCUUAUUCUUUGAAAACUAGUCCAGACAAGCCUAUUUGAAGCCACCUGUAUGUGGCCCACUUUGCAUGCCCUUUUAAACCUCUCCUCCUAUCCACUGCCUCCAGGAGCACAGCCCACUUCAGCCUUCUGCACCCAGGCCUUCUGCACCAUGCUGCUGAGCAACCCACCGCAGGGACACAUUAGCUUGACCCCUCCCUGGGAGCUCCCGAAACCUCCCCCUCUGGGGGGUCCCCUUCCCUCUUCCAGCAACCUGUCCAAGAGCUGCCUGAUAAGACUGGUGGGUUAGUGGCUCCUCUCAUGGUCACAUUUCUUCCCAAGAUCAGUCCCUCAGUCUCUCAACUGCCUGCAAGAUAAGUCUCUGUGUCAUGAGGUAUGGAAAUUAGGUGUGAAUAGGGCCGGUAAGUCAGCAGAGCCAAACUGUUAGCAUGCUUGUUAGCCAUCUUUUCCUUUACCUGACACAUUACCUGGAACCCACAAUUUAGAGGGUGAAGGUUUAACUUAGCUCACGGUUCCAGCAGAUUCACUCCAUGGCCAGCUGUCUGGAAGGGAGAAAUAAUAUCAUGGCGGAGGGUCUGGCAGAGCAAAGGUGCUUAGUUCUUGGUGGCCAGAAAGUAGAGCAGGGCAGAGCGUCAGAGAGAAAGGGUGAGGAGUCCAACAGAGCAUCCCAGAGCCACCUGGACACCCUCAGAAGGUUGCUUUACCGUCCUCAGGCGGCCUCCAAGGCAGCCAUAUGACACAAUUAAAGCUUAAUGACCAUGUACGUGACGAACUUUGAACACGAAUUCUUUAUGGUCUUCUGAUUUUGCCAGCCUUGGUUAAGGACAAAGAAACCGCUUUCUUAGCCAGUGGUUCCCAACCUGGUCACAGUUCCUGGGGUACAGACAUCCCAAACAUUGCUGCUGCCCAGCCUCACCCUCAAAGAGCCUGGCUUUGCUGAAGUAAGUCCUGGCACUGGCAUGUUGGAAGCUCCUUGAUGAUUCUAACAAGCAGGGAGGAUUGAGAACCACGGUUCUAAAUUCUAAGGAGUCUUACAGAAUUGGAGAGCUUCAGUGGUGAAAAUUCUUCAAAACAAGAAGCUGGCGUUAGCAAUCUGUCUGGCUCAGCAUUCUCAAAGUGUGUUCCUCCGGCCUUCAGAGGAACACUGUUUUCAUAAAAACAGUGAUGUAGUGAAGGUUUUUCACCAACCUGUACUGCCGAUUUCUGGCCCUGAAGAUUCACAAAGCAUAGUGGAAUAAUGAAAGACAUUGAGAGAUUCUAAUAUUAAAUGUAUAAUAUUGCAGAUUAUAAUACAUCUCUUUCAAUCUGUGCAACCUAGAAUUUCCUCUAAUAAUUAAACCAGAGAACAACUCUACCUGUAGUAAUUAUUAACAUCUUUAGGACCAGCUCUAUAGCUCAUGCUUUGGUAAAUGCUUGUGCAAAAUGCAUUUGAAAAAUGGACGCAUUUGGAAUCUUGGCCCUAUACAAACACUGUGACUGUGGACUUUGCUGUAUUUUCUUGUGUGUUUUUGUCUGAUUGUUUGUGCUUGUGGUAUUGGGUGUGGAAGCUUGACAAGUACUAGGCGCUCAAGGUCGGUGCUCUGCCACCCCAGCCAUGCCGAGCUUUCCAAAUAAACCAAACAAACUGGA